AAAAUAAGUCACAAGGUCGAUUUAAAUGUAAAAUGUAAAUAGGUUUAAAAUUAAAAAGAUAUUGAAAAUUUUCAAUUAAAUCAAUAUUUCCUGUACCCAGUAGUAUUCAAAUAAUUAGUGUCCACAUUACCCUGAAUACAUAAAAUUCAAGCUGGUGCUAGCUAGAAUUAACUAUGGAUGACGUUAUCACUGUUUUAUCUUCUGAUGAUGAAAAUGAAAAAUCUCCAGCACGUCCUAAGAAGAGAUUGAACCCUAUUUUUCUCAAAAAUCUGGUUGAAAUAUCUGUUACAAAAGUUAAAGCACCUAAAAAAACCAAUAUUUGUACUGUCGACUUGUGUUCCGAUGAUGAAGAAAAUGUAACAACUGAAGCCACAGAUAAAUUGCACAAUGAAACAACAAAUUGCAAUGAAAAUGUAAUAACUUUAGAUGAUGAAGACACAAAUACAGUAGAAAAUACUACCAGCGAGAAUGCUACUAAUAACAUUUGUACUGAAGAUAUAGAGAAUGGAAUCGUAGAAGAUAGUGAACCAUCCGAAUCUGGUGGAUCUCAGCAAUUAGGAAUUCGUAAACUACUAGAAAGGUUUGUCGAAACUGUAAACAGGCAAAUACAAGAUGAAAAAUACGAGUCUAUUAGAAAUAGUUUCCCUCGUUUGUGGAUUAACUACAAAAAGUGCCAAGACGAGCUGGACGUGUCUGUUCACUUCAAGAACUUGCUGUCAACAAACAUCGAGAAGGCGGAAUCCUCUCCUGCUGCGGCUGUAAUCAGCUUCCACGAAGUGUUUCAAGAAUUAAAGGACAUGACCACCUCCGAGUGUAUCGAGGUCGAAGAUACUCGUACCUUGAUGAACCUAAAGAAAUUGGAGAAAUGCAUCAAGAAGCUGAUUCAACGGAUAAAACAGUUAGAUGAGCAGGAAGUUGAUUUUAACGAAGAAGAAGAUUCGACUUUUUUAAAAGCAGAGAAGUUCAAAACCAGGUUAAAUCAAGUAUACAAGACGUACUGCAAACUUCUAAAGAGGAACCCCUACAAAGGUAGAAUAAUUCACGCCAGAAUAGAUUUCGUCCAUUCAGAAUUCAACGAAAUCAAUCGUGCCAUCUGUAAGAAAUACAAAACCAACAAGACCUUCCCCUGCUAUUACGAAAUGGAGAAGCUGAUAACCGAUACCGAUAAAGAAUUUAAUUUAGGCCUGAGCGAAUCUAAAAUUAAAAGCGAAAGUAAACAUUGCUUUCAAAAGCUGGGCGAAUUAAUGCAACUUAGACGUCGCAAGGACCUCUACGAUUCCCACUGUAGUCUUCUCAGCCAUAACGAAGAUCCCGCCAAAGCCGACCCGCAAUUGGAGAAUAUUCUUAAAAAAAACUACGAGGAGGGCCAGUCUAAAAUAGCAAAAGUAGUGCAAGAGUAUGCGGAAAAACAAGAUGUCGCCGGCGAAGAACCCCAAUUAAAUGAAAGCGGCAAUGACUCCGAUAAAAGCGAUGAAGAUUCUGUAGGAGAAGAAGAGGAACAAGAAGAGGAGGAUGAUGAGGGUGGAUGCCAAGAAAAUGGGAUCGAUGAUGAAGAUGUUAAUGAGAUGGAUUGUGAAGAAGAUACUAAAGAAAAUGGAGAAGCUCAUCAGCAAGAAGAUGAUAACAAUAAUUGAUGUAUUAUUAAUCAUUAUUUGUCUUGAUUCGAUCAUCACAUCUUUUUAUUCAUACUUAAUUUUUGUGUAAUAUGCAAAAAAUGGGACAGUCUCUACACAUUUGUGCCUUUAAGUUUGGAAUCAAGACAUUUUUACCUUUACC